GUGUGCAUAUUCAUACAACUCUAUUUGGUGAAAGGAGGAGACUUUUAGAGAGAGAGAGUAGGGGAUGGGAAAUGUAGGAGAAAUUGAGGAAAUAGAGAAGUGGGUUUCACCAGCUGCAGUCAAAAGAUCAAUGCCUAUUCUGUCUUUAAACCAUGUCUCAUUUGUUUGCAAAUCUGUUCCUGAAUCUGUAAGGUUCUAUGAGGAUGUUUUAGGAUUUGUACUCAUCAAAAGACCUUCUUCCUUCAAUUUUGAAGGAGCUUGGUUGUUCAACUAUGGAGUUGGCAUUCAUUUGCUUGAAUCAGAUAAAGUCCCAUCAAAGAAAGGUGCAAUCAAUCCAAAAGACAACCACACUUCCUUCCAAUGUUCAGACAUGGAUCUUGUUGUUAAAAAACUAGAGGAGAAGAACAUUGAGUAUGUGACCGCAGUUGUAGAAGAGGGUGGCAUUACAGUUGAUCAGCUCUUCUUCCAUGACCCAGAUGGCUACAUGGUUGAGAUAUGCAAUUGUCAUGUUCUCCCAGUUCUUCCUCUUUCAUCAUGCCCUCUCAAGCUACCUAAAUCCAAUGGGAACCUGACAUCACCAACACACUAUGAUGUGUCUAAGUCAUUUUUCUUUAAACACAAUCUUUUGAUCUCUGUCAAAAGUUGGAUGGUUACAUAUUUGAAUAAUAAUGCAGGGAAUAGAAGCUGGGAGAUGGCUUGCUCCGGAGUUGCUUCUCUGAUGAUGGAGAACUUGGCGGUGGACAUGAUGGACAUUUCAAUCUAACGAAUUGGAUUGGACGAGUGAUCAACGCAAGUUUUGAUUGAGUAUUCUGAAAAAAUUGUUGUGUAUGCAUUGUAUAAAAAUAAGUCGCUGGCUGGGGGACCGGGGGUGUUCAGCUUUGGGUUUUGGUUGUGAGGAGUUUCUCAAGUUCCAUUGAAACAGUAUGCUUCUUAAAUUGGUUUGAUUUUGUGGACAA